CUCGACGUCCAAUUUGGCCGAAAUUGAAGCAUUGGAAAAAGUACAGCCCGAAACUGAUUUUGAAAUUAAUUCUCGUACGAUGGUCCAACAGAUACACGCGCCAGAUAUUCAGAAUGCCCAUGAGAUGGCGAACCUUCGGUCAAAAAAUCACGGCAAUCGGAGGUCGGACGCUCCUGUUACGGCACCAAACGUAAACGGGAAGUUUGUCGAAAAAUUGCAAUUUUCGGCCUCUACGGUUCUCACCUCGGGAAACGCGCCUGACCGCGUUAUUCAACAUGAAAUUCCGCACAAGGUUGUUGAAAAUCAUAAAUUUCUGCCUCCGGUUGAUUUUGGCCGGAAAACGGAGCCGCUAGCGGCCGGCCGGCGGCGUCCCGGCGGCCCUCCGGCAACUUUUGAUCAGAAUGUUCUUCCAGUUAAUUUGAAUCCAUUUUCAUCAUCGGUUUUUCCACAUGAGGCCCAUACAGUGCUCAAUCAAGGCCGAAAGACAUAUGCUACUGCAGUUUCUAGCCGUCCGGGCCUAUCUCAAGCUGAACGGAGUUCACGGAAGUCGUUUGCAUCGGUUGUACAGGGUAUAGAUGACUCUUCCACUGCUGGGUUUCCUGCUAAAGAACCCUUUAUACAUAUGGGUGAGCCGGCAAUAGUUUUGACUGAGUCCGAGGAGGCUACACUCGCUGAUCCUUACAAGUAUACACUUGUGGGGAAAUUUCCACAUCGCAAGCCAAUCAUGAGGAAGGUACGUGAGAUUUUUUCUAAGUUUGGGUUCCAUGGUUGUUUCGAGGUGGGACUGAUUGACACAACACACAUUCUUAUCCACCUUACACAUGAGGAGGAUUACAGCAGGCUUUUUCUUAAACCUUCAUGGUAUAUUGAUGGUUGUCCGAUGAGAGUCCUUAAGUGGACAUGCGACUUUACACCUGAGCAAGAGACUCCGAUAGUUCCCGUAUGGGUAUCGUUCCCUCUGCUUCCAGUACAUUUAUGUGCGAAGGGGUUCCUUUUCGCCUUAUCUGGGGCAAUAGGAAUGCCCUUGAGAAUUGAUGAGGCCACCACCGACUUGAGACGACCUAGUGAGGCAAGGGUGUGCAUUGAGGUGAAUUUGGAGCAUAAGUUGCCCGACAGGGUUUGGAUUGAGCGUGCUGGUAACCGUGGCUUCUGGCAGACAGUUAUCUAUGAGAAGCGGCCAAUUUUUUGCUUUUCUUGUAAACACUUGGGUCAUUCUUAUGAUCAGUGUACUACAGUUCCUCCUCCUCCUACAGUUGUUGUGCACCCCCCUGUUCGGCCCCCUAUUACUAGGACUGAUAAGGAUAAGGGCAAGGUGACGUUUGUGGAGCCAAAGAAGCAGUGGGUUCCAGUUUCAGCAGUGCCUUCUGUGCUUCCCACUACUACUACCGCAGUUGUGACAGAGUCAGAAUCUGCAUCAAUAGUUCCAACCUCUACUCGUAUCACAGUUGAUCCAGAGGUAUCUCCGUAUUUUCAUUCAGUUGCUGAGCCUACUCCAAAUGCUCCUAUCGAGGUACCCACUUCUCCUAUUAUUACUUCCAUAGCUCCUAUUCCCACAGCUACUACUGAUGUACCCCCUGAGCCGACACAUAUGAGUUCUCCACCAUUAAAGACACACACAGAUAGUACUCAAUCAGCGCAGGGAUCAGGUACCGAGACAGUUCCUCAAACCACUCUUGCACAGGGGUUGUUGGCUGAGAUCAGCUCAGAGCGACAUAGUGUCAAGCAUAUGCUGAUUGAUCACUUUAAGAAGGACCAUGGAAUGAAAGUUGGAUCUACCAUGAGAUUUGCUAUUGAGGACUUGGUUUUUAAACUCUUUGGAGAGGGACCUUCUGUGAGUAAGACUCCUACGCAGACACCUUCACCUAGUCCUUCUAUCACAGCUCCUACACACAAUAAGGUGAAAGAACAUAUACAGAGAGACAUGGAUGGCAUGGGACUUGGAAACUGCAUGCAAAAUGCAGAGGACGAUGUCCCUACAGCAAGCAAGUCAAUCUCCCACGAUUUAGAUGUCGUAGCACAGAACACCAUGAGAUUAGACGCACCUACGACUAGUACAAUGAGAUCAGAUGCACCCGCUUUUCGCCCGACAUUCAGUGCACCACCAUCUGAACAGUACUUAUCAACAAAGCGGGCUCCUACACGCAGGCGAGACCCCUCUCCAACGAGCGAGCCAGACAUCGCAGACUACUAUGAUCCAGAAAUGUUUCAAACCAGACGCAUGACUCGAUCAAUGUCUAUGUACUACCACCCGAAGAUUUACCCUCGGGAAUACCCUUGAGUACCUAUCAUUAGUUUUUGUUCGU